CGCACCGCCCUCCGCCUUCGCCUCCGCCUCCUCGCCUUGCCGACCUCGACCCUCAGCCCCACGCCCACCAUGCCCGGACUCGAACUCGCCAAGGACGCCGUUCACCAGCACAAGCUCACGACCUUGACCGCGACCGCCGCCAUCGACGACGUCUUUGCGUCUGACGACGCCGUAAAGCCCAUCAGCGGCGGCGUCUUUACCGUGACGGCCGGCGAUGACCUGCUCAAGUACACGUACCACUACGACGAGCUCAAGGUCAUUCUCGAGGGCACGAUCGUUCUCGAGGACGCCGACUCGGGCAACAAGCUUGAGGCGACGGCCGGCGACAUCAUCAACAUCAAGAAGGGCACGACCGUCAUCUUUUCGUCGCCCGAUGCAGGCCGAGCCUUCUACGUCGGGCAGCGCAAGUUGCGCGACUUCUAGAUCGGCGCCUUGCUCGAAGAUACUCGAGCGGGACGAGGAGGUGGAGCGCACGCUCGUGGCGACCGGGUCGUCAUCUCUGUAUCUGUAUCUGUAACUCGCAGUCAGUCCCGUUCUUCGC